AGCUGGUCAGAACCUUCCGAGCUGCCUAGGAGGGUAAGUGCUGUGCGUUUUCGUACCUAACAUGAGAUCGUCCCUUCGAUAUGGGACCUUAUUCCUCAGGUGAUGCUUAGGUGACCCCUUACAUGUCAAUCGCUAAUUGGAAUGGAUCCGAUUCUUUGUUUUGUGCUCCUCACGAAAACAGACCCAAGAAAUUGCCGUUGACAUUGUGAACUCAUUGACCAUCAUCAACAAGAGAUUCUCAAAACACCGAAAAAGACAAUAUGAAGUCCAUUCUAGCUCUAGUAGCAACAGUAUUUCUGGCUGUCACAGAGAUUGGGGUCGCUGCAACUAAUACAAACCUCGAAGCCCGCUCGCUUUCUCUGACAUCGGCAGAUGUACCGACAUUCAGUUCAACGACCUAUUACACCCCAACUUUGACCUCAUCGAGCUUCUCAUAUACGUCGUCCGGUUCAGACUCCGCAACGGCGUCUUCGUCUGGAUCUGGCAGUAUUUCCUCUACCUCGUUCUCGGCGCCGACGAUUUCUGCCACUCCGUUUGCAAACGUCACAUCUGCUGGACCUGCGACGCAGACCCUUGGUGGGAUUACACAUUCUGCAACAAUCAGUGGUUCCCUGGCGGAAAGCCUGAGUGCAUCAUCAACGUCGAAAUCCAGUACUGCUGCAUCAUCUGCCAAACCUGUACUUCCUGUGGUUGCUGUGAUGGCUGGUAUACUUGGUAUUUUAGUCACGUCGUGAACUAGUUGGGAUAUGAAGAUGUUGGCUUGGAAGAAGCACUGAUUCUUGGGCUUUGGAGUUAUUAGAGACAAUUGUUAUGUUUGUCCGGGGUUACUGUAUUGCCGAGAAUGUUUAUGAACCGGAGAUUUUGGAGCAAGGACCUGGAUAUUGAUACCUAGAUCGGAGGACUUGCUAUGGGAAGAUGUGUAUUUCGUACGGGCGAGAAUAUGCUUGCUAGACCCGACAGGGCAUCGCAUCAUGGGUUAAGGAUUUGGAUGUAAUCCUAUAGUAAUCGUAAUAAAAAAAGUUGACAUAUUAA